GAAUAUCCCUAAAAAAAAAAAUUUGUAUUGGAACGGUCGUGAAAGCACCGUGAAAGCCAGAAUUCCGCAGUGGCAGAGCGAGAAAGUGGUUAAUGGGGAAGGAGAUCGGGGGCUCGGGCGCAGCCACUUCCUCCGCCGACAAGGCGGCGGAAACGGCAAUAGUGGAGAUCCGGAACCUCCGGUUCACAUAUCCGGGGAUUGAUGGUCACCCGCCUCCUGGAUCCAAGCCACUAAUAGACGGCUUCUCCCUCCAGCUUCAUGCUGGUGACCGCUGCCUGCUCGUCGGAUCUAAUGGAGCCGGAAAGACAACGAUACUGAAGAUAUUGGGAGGCAAGCACAUAGUGGAUCCAGAUAUGGUGCGUAUUAUGGGGAGAUCGGCGUUCCAUGAUACUGCCCUUACGUCCUCCGGAGAGCUUUCCUACCUGGGCGGAGAAUGGAGGAGAGAUGUUGCUUUUGCAGGUUUUGAAGUUACAAUACAAAUGGACAUUUCAGCUGAGAAAAUGAUAUAUGGAGUUUCUGGUGUUGAUCCUCAAAGGAGAGAUGAACUAAUCAAGGUCUUAGAUAUUGAUCUUUCUUGGAGAAUGCAUAGAUCAUCAGAUGGUCAGAGAAGGCGCGUGCAAAUUUGUAUGGGCCUUCUUAAACCAUUCAAGGUUCUUCUUCUUGAUGAGAUAACGGUUGACCUAGAUGUAGUGGUUAGGUCAAACCUUUUGAUAUAUCUAAAGAAGGAAUGUGAAAGAAGGGGUGCAACAAUUAUUUAUGCAACUCAUAUAUUUGAUGGUCUUGAGGAUUGGCCAUCGCAUAUUGUUUAUGUUGCACAUGGGAAGUUGCAAUUAGCAUUGCCUUUAGAUAAAGUAAAAGAAUUGAGCAACCUUUCUUUGAUGAGAACAGUAGAGAAGUGGUUGAGAAAAGAGAGAGACGAGGACAGGAAGAGGAGAAAGGAGAGGAAGGAAAAUGGACUUCCAGAAUAUGAGAAUUCUGUUGAUGGUACCCGUGUGACAGGAGAUCCUGCUCGAAUGCUCAACAAUGGCUGGGCUGCAGGAAGGUUGCAUUCCACUGUUGCAGGCGAGGAGAACUUCUAUUUCAGUUCAAAUAGGGUCCUCAGGCAGUAGAUCACUAGUAAAUAUUUGUAUUUACAUUUUAUAUCUAAAUAAUUUCCCAUUGUUAUCUAUUAUUAAGGUUUUGUUUGAGAUGGUUUUUUUAUUGCUUUUUAAAACAACUUUUUAGUUUAAAAAUUAAAAAUUUAUACUAGAAAGCUGCUUUAAGAAGCAGUAAGAAAGCUAUCCCAAACGAAGCCUAAAUUAAGCUUUGUUAAAUAGAUAAAAAGCGCUUUCUUGAAACAGAACAUACUAUGUUGAAUUAGCAGCUCUAAAAAGAGUUAUAAGUUCUUAUUAGUUGCCCAAGAUUUCA